AUUUCAGUUUCUUAGUUAAUUAAUUUGUGCCUGAAAGGUUGUAAUCUAUAUUAAGGGCCUGUUUGUUGGUCAUUAAUUUUGCCAUUUAAUGAAUUAUUUGACCGUUGCAAUUAAUUCAUCUGACAACCCAUGUGCGACCCCUGGGAACCUUUUUUUUCACACUUUCCAUUUGUUGCCCUUACUUCCCAAACGAAAAGGCAACCCGUCUUCUGAAACUGUCGACGAUCGACAACAGACCCAAGCGGCCAACCACGAACUGAAAUUGACGGUGGGUUUCCUUCAAUUACAUCAGCCAAGUGACAAUACUUCCAGUCUCCGAAGACCCAGACAGUUUUCAAGGACGCGCGCACCAUCGAGAAAGCCGUCGAAUAAUCGCAGUCGCCCGUCCGGUUAGCGACGUCCUCCACACUCGAAAGGCCGCCGAUCACAUGGAUCCCGCCCACACACCGUGUGGACGUGGCCCGCCACCUAGCUUGUUCGUUGCACAGGAGUUGGGUCAAGCCUCAGGUGCAAAAUCUUAUGCUUGGUGGAAUGCCUUGGAGACCCAAACAUUCAUUGUAGCCUGCGAGACCGCCAUUGCCGAAGGCCAUCGCAGCGGUCGGUGUUUUACGAAACAAGGUUGGGCCCGAAUCUCCAAGCUGUUCAACUCAGCCACUGGGCACAAUUGGACAAAGCAACAACUGCGCAACCAUUGGGACGCCAUGCGUCGAACCUACCGACGUCUCUUCGAUCUAUUAAAGGGUAGCGGGGUCGAGUACAACAAAUCCACCGGUCGAGUCGUCGCAUCAGAGGAAUGGUGGAACCGAAAAAUAAGGGUAACUAUUUCAAUUCGCGGCACACAUUUUUCACAAUAUGUAACCAAACAAUCCCGUUCAGUAUUUUUCAGUACAUUUGGAAUGCCUUUUUUCGUAUCUUCCCUCUUUUUUGUCCCUCUUUUCACAGGAGAAUAAAGACUACAGGGAG